AUGGGACUUUGGAUAGAUACAAAGCCAGUAGCUAAGCUUGUUACUGUCAAAGUUAUGCUCUCCUUAGUAGCUGCAUGUAACUGGUCUCUUACUCACCUUGAUAUUAACAAUACUUUCUUAUAUGGUGAUUUAUCUGAGGACAUCUAUAUGGAAUUACCUCCUGGCCUUCUUGAUCCAGAGGGGCGCCCUUAUCCCCCAGUGCUUUUGGUUUUGUUCAAUCCGCUUGUGAUCAUUCUUUCUUCUACAAAAGGGAGGGCAAGCAAGUUCUUAGGUUUGGUGGUUUAUGUUGAUGAUAUUUUGCUCACCAGCAAUGAUGAUGCUUCUGUUGCUGCAUUCAAAGAGUUUUUGAGCCUCACUGCAGGCCAUGUUCUACUCCCAUGGAGUCUGGGAAACAUCUAUCCUCUGACGAAGGUUCUCAUCUCUGAUUCUACAACCUAUCGAAGACUUAUUGGUCGACUGCUAUACUUGACUCUCACUCGUCCAGACAUUACUUUUGUUGUAAACAACUUGAGUCAAUUCGUUUCUAAACCAUGUAACGGACAUCUUCUUGCUGCUGAACGUGUGCUCAAAUAUCUUAAGGGCACCAUAGGCCAUGGCCUUUUCUUUUCCAAGACUUCUACUUUUUCCUUGUCUGCAUUUUGUGAUGCCGAUUGGGCUGCUUGCCCUGAUACCCGGAAGUCAGUUGCUGGCUUUGACGUGUUUCUUGGAUCUUCUCUGAUCUCUUGGCGCUCGAAGAAGCAAAACACUAUAUCUCGUUCAUCUGUCGAAGCUAAAUAUCGAGCUAUGGCUCAAGUGAGUUGUGAAGUCACCUGGAUUUGCAUGAACGCACCAAACACAUCGAGAUUGACUGCCACAUGGUUCGUGAGAAGUUUCAACAAGGAGUUGUCAAUCCGAUUCAUGUGA